UUCUCUAUUUCUGUAAAAACAACAUAAUCAGAAAGCAACAUAGUUUUUCAGUUCUUCUGAGACACCACGAAAUCCUAAUGAUUCACUUUGUGAUUCUUAUCAGUAGACAAGGGAAAGUAAGGCUUACCAAAUGGUAUUCACCUUAUUCCCAAAAGGAGAGAUCCAAGGUUAUUCGAGAGCUAAGUUCGCAAAUUCUUCCUCGCCCUCCAAAGCUUUGCAACUUUGUGGAGUGGAGAGGACUUAAAGUUGUUUAUAAAAGAUAUGCCAGCCUCUACUUCUGCUUCUGCAUUGAUCAAGAUGAUAAUGAACUGGAGACCCUUUCCAUUAUUCACCAUUACGUUGAGACACUGGACCGUUAUUUUGGUAGUGUCUGCGAGCUGGAUUUAAUCUUUAAUUUCCACAAGGCAUAUUAUAUGCUGGAUGAAAUUCUGCUAGCUGGACACGUGCAGGAGACUAGCAAAAGAACAACUUUGAGACUAAUAGUUGCGCAGGAGGAGCUGGUGGAAGCAGCUAAAGAGCAAUCCAGUUCAAUAGGCAACAUUAUUGCACAAGCCACCAAAUAAGAGCUUCGUUUCUUACAUUGGCUCUGUGUUUCAUAUUACCAAGUGCUGACAAUGUGAUUGGUGCGCAUCCAUGUGUUUCCCUGUACUAUUUUGCAGCCAAUAAUUUGUUCAAAGACGCAAGUGUCUCAACAUCCUAGCAAUUAAUCAGCACAAAUGUGAAACAGUUUAUA